AUGAUGAGAGGGGAAAGACAGCGUGGGAGGGCAAGACCAUUGACCAAGGACCCCCAACACGGCGAUCCGUCGGUCGCAAGGACAUUCACGUACUGCCUGGAUUACCUACAGGAGUCACUUCCAAGCCAUCCGUGCCUGCUUUGGUGGACAGAUGGGUUGGCCGUCCUGGAUGGAAGAUUCAUCUGCAGUGCCUUGAAUGUCCGUGCUGGGGGCGCACAGGAGAGGAGAUCUGGCCCACUUUUCCCCAGAUUGUCAGACAGUCUGGGGAAGAGAUCGGACGACUCGAAAGGGGGGCAUCAGACUGGUCAGACGGAUCACAAUGCAGGGAGGACAAGAGCUCCAAGACUAGUACCUCAAGGGAAAUUGGCCUGUGGUGUCACUGCCCGAGCAUCUGGCCAUCUCCGCACUUGUCCAACACCGGCUGAUGAGACCCAAGAAAAUGAGAGAGAGAGACAGAGAGAGAGGGCGCAGUGUCCAAGGUCGUCGUAG